UUUACCUGCAAGGACAGUUUAUCAAUAGGGGACCAAAUUUCCUUAGAUAACAGACUGAUGUCUUCCUGCAUCUCUUAAGGAUAACACAUUUCCUUGAAACAAGAUUAGAACAACAAUUAGUAGAAAAACUGAACUUCUUAACUCACAAUUAGUGAUUUACAGGAAAGCUGGAUUUCCAAACUUAACUCUGAGACAAAUGAAAGAUGACUUGGGAAGCUACAAAAAUUGUCAGCAAUACAUACAGAAUGAAAUCAAUAACAAACAAACAAAAGAGGCUGGAAAACCCACCAGAAACUUAUUGACAUGAUAUGGGGGCAAAGUGAUUAAGAUUUAUACCAAUGUUAAUUGUGUCAAAGGAGAGAAGGGGGUGAAUAGAAGAGAUGUGGUGAAAGAAGAAUUGGCAAUAUUUUGUAAUAGUUUGAGCAAAGAUAUCUAGGAUGACCCAUAGACUGUGAAUCUGAGAGACUUGGAGGAUAGUGAUACCCUCCACAGUCAUAGAAAAAUUAAGAAAAGGGAAAAGGAUGAAUUUGACUUAGUCAUUUGUCAUAAUCAUUUAGGUUUUUCCUGAUUCAGUUUUGUUUGAUUUGGAUUUUUUCGUAUGUCUACAUAUUUUAAAAUAUUCAUCCUGUCAUUUUUAACCCUGUAAUCAUAUUCCCUCAGGAGUCACCUACAAUUUGUUCAGUAUUCCUAAAGCAAACAAACUCUUAGGAUUCUGGGUUUUUGUUUUUGUUUUAAUUUUCCUUGUCAGAAAUAAUCAAAGCUCUCUAUAUAAAUCACUUUAGUGUUUUAUUUUAUUUUAGUACUUUUGAAAACACAGAGAGCAGUACAUUGUAGUAGUAAAUGGUGAUAAGAAGAAAUGGAUAAUUUCACAUAUAUAAUUGAUAUAUUGCUUGCCUUCCCAAAGAAUGAGGAAGGAGCAGGAGAGAGAAGGAAAACUGGUAUCUCAAUUAAAAAAAAAAAAAGAAUGUAAAAUGGUUAAUAUAGCAAUGUUUUGCUUGAUUUUGCAGAUGUAAUCGCUAUCAAAUUGCUUGUCCUAUCAAAGAAAGGGAGAGAGAAUUUGGAACUCAAAAAAAAAAAAAUUAAUGAUUAUCAAAAAUUGGCAUGUAAUUGGGAAAUAUUUAAUAAAUUUUAAAAUACAUUUUUAAAUUAAUGUAAAAACAAAGAUAUAGUGAGAUGAGUGAAUGAGUGGGGGAGAGGGGAGAAAUGGAUUUUUCGUUUCACAUUUAAUAGCUGUACCACCCAUCGGCAAGACUUCUUGAGCCUUAUCAUUUUUCCCCUUAUAAUACUUUCAUUACCAUAUAAGAGCAGGAAGAAACUUCAGAGUUCAUCUAAUUCAAGUUCGUCAUGAAGAAAUCGAGAUUUAGCGGCAUAAAAUAGUAUUACUAGGGAUAGGUGGGAAAGCUGAAGCGGGAUUAAAUCUAAGAAUUCCCAGACUCAUUCUGGAGCUCCGCGGUACUUCAAAAGAGAGUCCGAAAAGCACUCUGGGAAUCGUAGUUCUGAAAAACUGCGUGUCCUGGGGAACUUUGGGAAACGAAGUUUUGAUACUCAACGCGGCCGAAAUCACGGACGCUCAAUAAUGUGGUUGCGCGCGCAUCAAAGUCGCCAUAACAGUGACAAUUCUCUUAGAAGUGGCUCAGGAUUUGUUUCCUCUACAAUCCGAGGGAUCCCAAACAGCAGUACUCACGAAUGUAUGCAGAUCUCCACUGUGAAUCUGAAGGAAAUUAACUUCCCUCCAGAAAGGCAACUCUGAAGCAAUGUUACAAUAUCAGAUGGAGAGAUGUUGGCUCUGAAUAAGAUAAUGUCAGUUCCUCUAUGCCCCAAUAUUCUGGACGUACAUGAACGAGACAGGUUAAUAAAAGGUGCUUCUAAGAAACAGAUCACCAUUCUAACAAGAGAGAAAUUCAACUCUGAGGCUUCUCGACAGAACUUCAGGUAUUUUCCGUAUUCAGAAAAGGCUGGACCCCGGGAGGCUGUAAACCAACUCUGGGAACUCUGCUUUCAGUGGCUGAGGCCAGAGAUUCACACAAAGAAGCAGAUCCUAGAGCUACUGGUGUUGGAGCAAUUCCUGACCAUCUUGCCCAGUGAGAUUAGGAUUUGGGUGAAGUCCCAGUAUCCAGAGAACAUUGAGGAGGUGAUCACCUUAGUGGAAGAUUUGACUCAAAUACUUGAUGAGAAAGCUGUAAGUUCUCAAGAUCCUGCUCUUCUCCAAAAGGGAAGCAUAGAAGAGGAAAAGUCUACUGUGCUCCCAGUAGACAGAUUUCAGGAAUCAGUGACAUUCAAAGAUGUGGAUCCGGACUUCACUUGGGAAGAGUGGACUCAACUGGCUCCUGUUCAACAAGACCUCUACAAGGAAGUGCUUCUGGAGAACUAUAGGAAUCUGAUUUUUCUUGGGCUUUCGAUUCCCAAACCAGAUGUGAUCUCCCAGUUAGAAUGUGGGGAAAUGCCAUGGACACUGGAGAAUGAAGCCUCGAGAGCCAUCUGUCCAUAUUUUGAUACUGAGCCUGAAGCAAAGGAGCCAUUUUUAAAGUGGGAAACUUCUGUAGAAAAACUAUCUCAGAGGACAAUAAUGGAAAGACCUACAAGACAUAGUUCCUGGGACUCCAAAUUAGGAGAAACCUUUAAAUUUCAAGGCCCAUUAGUGAAGGAACAGAGCCAACAAGAGAAUCAUUUGAAACAAGUGAUGAUCACACAUGAGAAAACUCUAAGUAAGGAACAAACCUCUGAAAGUAAUGAAUUUGAGAGACACUUUGACCUGAGAUCAAUCCUAAUUACUCAACAGAAAAUUCCCAUAGUAAAUGGUGUUUAUAAAUAUAAUAUUCAUGGAAAAUAUUUCAAAGAUAAUUCACAACUAAUUAAAUGCCCAAGAAUCUACACAGCACAGAAAUCUUUUACAUAUAAUGAAUUUGAGAAAUCCUUUAAACCUAUUUCACAGUUGAAACUUUGCUCUACCCAUCAUUCUGCAGAGAAAUCCUAUAAAUGUAAUGAAUGUGGGAGAGCUUUCACCAAGUGGGCGAAUCUUACUCGACAUCAAAGAAUUCAUUCUGGAGAGAAGCCUUAUAAAUGUGAUGAAUGUGGGAAAGCUUUCACACAAAGGACACACCUUACACAGCAUCAGCUUACUCAUAUUGGAGAGAAACCAUUUAAAUGUAAUCAAUGUGGGAAAGCCUUUUUCCAGAGGACACACCUUGUUCAACAUCAGCAUACACAUAUUGAAGAAAAACCCUUUAAGUGUAAUGAAUGUGGGAAAGCCUACAGUUCUGUUUCACAACUUAAUCUUCAUCAAAGAAUUCAUUCUGGAGAGAAAACCUAUAAAUGUAAUGAAUGUGGUAAAGCCUUUACCAAAUGGGCAAAUCUUACUCGACAUCAGAGAAUUCAUUCAGGAGAGAAACCCUAUAAAUGUAAUGAUUGUGAGAAAGCCUUCUCACAAAGAGCACACCUUACUCAACAUCAACUUAUUCACAUUGGAGAAAAACCAUUCAAGUGUAAUGAAUGUGAGAAAGCUUUCAUCCAGGUUGCACAGCUUAAUCUUCAUCAAAUAAUUCAUUCUGGAGAAAAACCUUAUAAAUGCAAUGAAUGUGGGAAAGCUUUCACCCAAAGGACAAUUCUUACUCAACAUCAAAAAAUUCAUUCUGGUGAGAAACCCUUUAAAUGUAAUGAAUGUGGAAAAGCCUUUUCUAAGCGGUCAAAUCUUACUCAGCAUCAGCAUACUCAUAUUGAAGAGAAACCAUUUAAAUGCAAUGAAUGUGAGAAAGCCUAUAGUUAUAUUUUACAGCUUAAUAUUCAUCAAAGAGUUCAUUCUGGAGAGAAACCCUAUAAAUGUAAUGAAUGUGGAAAAGCCUUUACCAAGCAAGUGAUCCUUACUCAACAUCAGAAAAUUCAUUCUGGAGAAAAACCCUAUAAGUGUAAUGAAUGUUGUAAAGCUUUUACCAAGCAAGCUAAUCUUACUCGACAUCAGAGAAUUCAUUCUGGAGAGAAACCUUAUAAAUGUAAUGACUGUGGCAAAAGCUUUACCCAGAAACCAAACCUUAUUCAACAUCAAAGAGUUCAUGCUGGAGAUAAAAGCUUUGUACAGGGUACACAUGUGACUAAUGUUUGUUGAGUUCAUUCAAAUUAAUGUAUUUUGCCAAAAUCUAAGUAGCUUGUCUAAAGCAUCACCCUGAUCUACAGUUGUUCAGUUAAAAAAGAAAAAAGAAAAGACCAUUUUAGUCUGUCAUGACCUGUUGUGAUAAAGAUAUUUUUACUUUAAAUAAUACUUGUUUUUGAAACUGUUCACAAAUCAUGCUGUAGUAAAGUGUUCUAAAACACUUUCUGCAAAAGAUAGAAGUCAGACUCACUGGUUUGGCCUUUUAUCUUUUAAAAAUAUGAUCUACAAGGAUGGACAGAAGCAGCUACACCCAAAGAAAGAACACUGGGAAAUGAAUAUAAACUGCUUGCAUUUUUGUUUUUCUUGCCGGGUUAUUUAUACCUUCUGAAUCCAAUUCUCCCUGUGCAAUAAGAGAACUAUUUGGUUCUACACACAUAUAUUGUAUCUAGGAUAUACUGUAACCUAUUUAACAUGUAUAGGACUGCUUGCUAUCUGGGGGAGGGGGUGGAGGGAAGGAGGGGAAAAAUCGGAACAGAAGUGAGUGCAAGGGAUGGGUUCUGUCAAUAAAAAAUUAUUUAAAAACAAAAAAUUAAUUAAUUAAUUUAAAAUAAUAAUAAUAAAAUAAAAAUAUGAUCUAUUUAUGUCCUUUUACUUUAUAUUACUGUCAUUUCUAGGGGAAAAAAUUCUUCAGAUUGGACAUUCCUUCGAGAAAAACAAUUAAGUACAAACAUUCAGUACAGUGACUGCCUCUGACAAUACAUACGACAUUCUGCCCUAUUAACCCCUACUUUUCUACUUCUCUACUGUGAAAAGAAAGACCUCUUAUUGUUCUCUUUCACCUAUUCAAGGUUCAGAUUCCUUUUUAAAAUUUUUUUUAUAUUGUUCUUUUGGUUGUCUUUUUAACUUUUCUAAAAAGUAGAAUGUUUGCCCUUCCUCUAUCCUAAGAUUCCUCUCAUAUUUUUCAAACUUUUUCAAAUAUCAUUGAUAUGGCUCAGUCCAAUCUAUCAGUUCUUUUCAUAUUCUAACAUGUCAUUCAUCUGUAUCUGGUAAUUUGAACUUGUUGAGUGUUACAAGAUGUUUACUUUGACCUAACCAGUUUUCUUUCCCUAUCCUUCCCAAUCCGAAGAUCAUUCCUCUUGAAAGAGGGAAGAGAUAUAAAGUAAGAACUCAUGUACUUCAGCCUUGUAUAUUAUAAUCAGUCCUUAAAAUAGAGGUACACUCUUGUCCUUUCUUCUUUUACCAACAUAGCUAAAAUAAUACUUUUGUUUUCCUCAACUCUAACCUCAGCUGGCGUCCAGAUGCCAGCUUUAGCUCAUUCGUUGUAUUAUCAUUCCUGACAUAGUUCUUAAAAGAUAAUGCUACAGUUUUAUAUUCAACCUCCAAUACUUGAGACUUUAAUCUCCUAUAUGAGUCUUUAUUAAAGGCUGCAUUAAGGUGUUCCUUGUUCUUACAUUUCAAUGUCUUUAAUCUUAUCAGACUCUCAUUCUCAAGAGCAUUAAUUUUCCCUUCAAUGUAAUAGUACAUUAAAUGCCAUGUACUCUUCUCUGAAUUUCACAAAUCCUUUCUUCUAAAAUAAAAGGUAAACAUCA